AUGGAGAGAAUUUCGAAAGCUUCCAGACUUGACUUUAAGGAUUUAGUGGUGUCAAAUAAAUCAAAGGUGUUGUUGAAGGACGUGUCUGGAGUAGCAUCCAACAGUGACCUGUUAGCCGUUAUGGGACCAACAGGCGCUGGAAAAACAACUCUUCUCAAUGUACUGGCUGGAAGAAUACCACCUGACUCUGGGACAAUCACUCUGAACGGGUCACCUUUAAACAAAACACAGCGGCGUCGCCUUAGUUACGUGUUGCAGGAUGACAUAUUCCUGUCUAAUCUCACAUUGUGGGAGACACUUUACUUUACAGCUAUGAUACGAAUACCAGACGACGUACCUGAACAGGAAAAGACCAAAACAAUACACAAAAUUGUCGAAUCGUUGGGGCUGCAGAAAUGCCUACAUACAGCUAUUGGUGACAUUUACCAUCGAGGUUUAUCUGGAGGAGAGAAGAAGAGAGCGAACAUUGCCUGUGAGCUACUGACAGACCCGGACAUACUCCUCAUAGACGAGCCCACAUCCGGACUAGACUCUAGUACUGCGCAUACUUUGAUGGUUCAGCUGAAGAAGUACACCACAGAACACAACAAGACAUUAGUGGUCUCAAUUCACCAGCCUUCCAGUCAAAUCUACCAUAUGUUCUGCACCUUAUUGUUACUCGUGGAAGGGGAGAUGGCAUACUUUGGUUCAGCAAACAUGGCCAUAGAUCAUUUUGCUAGCCUUGGAAUGGCAUGUGGUCAACAUCAUAACCCUGCCGACUUCCUAUUGGAGAUGUUGACGCCCGAUAUGAUCGCAAACAGGAAUGAACGACACAAUAGGAGGGUCCAAAGUUUACAAUUGCAUGCGGAAGAUGCUUUGUCGCCUGGCAAAGAUCAUAGCAACAAAUAUACUGUUACUGGCACUGGAAGUGAAGGAAGGAAAGAAGGAACAGCAGUAGCAGCCGUGCUAGGAGGUUUCCUCAACCUCAACCCUCCUGACUGGUUUCAGUGGGUGAAGUACGUCACACUUGUCCACUACCCCUACGCCGCCACUAUGACGUACAUCGUAAAGGAUAUGGCAGACGUUUGGUGA